AAUAUAUAUAUAUAUAUAUAUCUGUUUUCCUUGAAAUCCUGCCAAUUGUACUUCUCUUGUCAAGGUUAUAUGAAGAGAGAUUUUUGGAUAAGCUUUUGGAUUUUUGACAUUCCAAACAUGAGAAACUAUUACUUUUUUGAACUUUUAUAAGUAAAAAAAUUACUUUACAAAAUGUUUUAUUUAAACUGAAGCCCUUUAAAAAAUAUAUCUUUUAUUCAUUUCAGAAAGGAAGGAAGAGGGAGAGAUUGCCCCGACCAGGAAUUGAACCAUGACUUCCUUGUUCAGAGGUCAAUGCACAAUCGAUGAGCAAUCCUGGCAGGGCUGGAUUAGACUAAUGCAUAAGCCUUAUUGUGACUCCCAAAUAACUUCUUAUUUUAUUAAUUGACUUUUCAUAUAAAUUAUUGUGUAGGGCAGCAGAUACAUAUUAAUUUGAAUAUUCCUAUCCAUUUCUUAUUUAUUUGUAUAAAUAAUAUUCUUAAUUAUCAAUCACUUGAGUAUUUGAUAUAAUAUCAUUCUGUCUAGCUUCUUAGAGAAUUGACAAAUGGUGUUUGUGAACUUAGAAUGAUAAUAGCCAAUCCUGAUUUUUCCGAUGCUGUCACAUUGCUUACCUAACAAAUUUUGUGUGAGUCAUUAGAUAGUCUCCCUAGGCAACAUCUCGUUCUCACUUUUAUUUACUAACAGUGAUAUCCCAUCUCCGCCUGUUUCCCCUGUGAGCAGGGCUUCCAGUUUUUCAACCUUGAAGUGUUUUAUAAUUAAAGCAAGGAAAAGAUUUGUGGGUGUUGAAUAUGCUGAACAGAGAUAUUGGAAAAAGAUUUGUCCAUGUUGGGUGAACAAGUAUGCUCCAGAGCAGGAAGUCUCUGAAGUUGAGUCACCAGGAACAGUAGGAAACAGACUCCAAGAGGAUGAACCCCCGGGAUUCUACAUUUGAAGAAAAACAAGCAUGUGAGAGCAUGAAGGAAAACUCUCCUGAAGAGGUGCCCAGGUCAUGCUUUUUCCAGGAAGGAGGUUUGGGGGGAAUAACUUGCAUCCGAAAGGAAGCACUUCCUAAAAUGAUGAGCCAAGAAUAUAAUUUUGAGAAGGGGUUACUUUUGACCUCAAGCUUUAUUACUCAUCUUAGGGUUUCUACAGAAGAAAGUCUACAUCGGUGGAAGACAAGUAGCAAACACACCAAUGAGAUUUCAAACCAAAGUAAAUGCUCAACCCUCUCCACUUGGAAAAUGUCUUGGAAAUGUAACGAGUGUGGAAUAGCAUUUACUCAGAGCUCAUCCCUUACUCAACAUCAGAGAAUGCAUACUAGAGAGAGACCCUAUGUAUGUGAGGAUUGUGGGAAAGCCUUUAGUUGUAGUUCAAUCCUUGUCCAGCAUCAAAGAAUUCACACUGGAGUGAAACCAUACAGAUGUGAGCAGUGUGGGCAAACAUUUUGUUGUCGAUCAUUUCUUACUCAGCAUCAAAGAAUCCACACUAGAGAGAAACCUUAUAAAUGUAAUGAAUGUGGGAAUUCCUUCCGCAAUCAGUCACAUCUCACUGAACAUCAGAGAAUUCACACUGGAGAGAAACCUUAUAAAUGUAAUAGAUGUGAGAAGGCAUUCAAUCAGAACACACACCUCAUUCAUCAUCAGAGAAUCCACACUGGAGAGAAACCUUACUCAUGCAAUGAAUGUGGUUCUUCGUUUCGUAAACACUCAAAUCUUACACAACAUCAGAGAAUUCACACGGGGGGAAAACCCCACAAAUGUGAUGAAUGUGGGAAAACUUUUCAAACAAAGGCAAACCUUUCUCAGCAUCAGAGAAUUCAUACUGGAGAGAAACCUUAUAAAUGUAAGGAAUGUGGAAAAGCUUUUUGUCAGAGUCCAUCCCUUAUUAAACACCUGCGAAUUCAUACUGGAGAGAAACCUUAUAAAUGUAAAGAAUGUGGCAAAGCUUUUACUCAGAGUACCCCACUCACCAAACAUCAAAGAAUUCACACAGGGGAGAGACCCUACAAAUGCAGUGAAUGUGGGAAAGCUUUCAUUCAGAGCAUUUGUCUUAUUCGGCAUCAGAGAAGUCACACUGGAGAAAAACCUUAUAAAUGCAAGGAAUGUGGGAAGGGGUUCAAUCAGAAUUCCUGCCUCACACAACAUAUGAGAAUUCACACUGGAGAGAAGCCCUAUAAAUGUAAAGAAUGUGGGAAAGCCUUUGCUCAUAGCUCAUCUCUUACUGAACAUCAUAGAACUCACACUGGUGAGAAGCUCUUUAAAUGUAGUGAGUGUGAGAAAACCUUCCGCAAGUAUGCACACCUUAGUGAACAUUUCAGGAUUCACACUGGUGAGAAGCCUUAUGAAUGCAUUAAAUGUGGAAAAUUCUUCCGACAUAGUUCAGUGCUUUUCAGACAUCAGAAACUUCACAGUGGUGAAUGAACCUUGUAUUAGGUAAUGGCAGUUUCUCAAGAAAUAGUGGCUAGGAAUCUGGCUGAGGAGUGGGGGCAGGUAUAGUUCCUGGAAGGAAGGAUAAAAUAGUCUUAAAUACUGCCCGCAUAAGAGUAUUUCCAGAAAUAUAUGUGGGGAUUGGAGAAUGCAGAUCUAUUCCAGGUGCACAUCUGGGAGUACAGGGUAGAAAGGAAGUU